CCAGGGUUACACUAGUGUGCAUUUCCACAACAUACUAUUGCAUGAUACUGUAAGACGCAUAUGCAGUGUAUACAGGUACAUAGCAACAGCAUUGCCAUUGCACUAACAAGGAACUCUAUCUGAGUCUUGCAAUUAGCAAAAGAGUCAAGUCUGCCUGGCCUAGCUGAUACUCUUCGUGUAUAACCAUGGAAACUGAAGCUGUUGAAGAAGUUGGAUUCAAGGAAAUAACAAUUUUUGAAGACGAAAUCGGAGCGGGUGCAUAUGGAUCUGUGCACAUGGCCAUCUGUGACAAACUGUUGUGUGCCGCAAAGAGGAUCUAUAGAAUUUUAGUGCAACCUUCUCAAGCCACUCCUAGUAGAAAUGAGCAUCGAAUUCCAAUUCGAAGGUUUGAAGCUGAGUUUAAAUUUUUACAAGAAAUACGUCACCCAAACAUCAUUCAGUAUCUUGGGAUGUACACAGAUCCAUCAACACACCUCCCCAUAUUGCUGAUGGAACUAAUGGACGAAAGUCUGACACAAUACCUCGAAGGGUCCACUCAACCCAUUGCCUAUUACAUCCAAGUCAACAUCUGCCUCGAUAUCAUGAGAGCCCUCUCGUUUCUCCACGUCAAUGAAAUUGUUCACAGAGAUCUUUCAAGUAACAACAUUCUUUUGGCUGGAAAGUCUCGACAUGCUAAGUUAUCAGAUUUUGGAAUGGCAAAAUUUCUGAAUACCAAAAUGUCACGUGUGUCAAACACAGCCGUUCCUGGUACAGAAGUGUACAUGCCACCAGAAGCUUUUGGGGACGAUUUCAAAGAGAGUGGAGAUAUCUUUUCAUUUGCAGUUCUCCUCAUACAAAUUCUGACGCAAAAGUUUCCGAAACCACAGGGAAAGCUCGAAGACAGAAUAGUUGGCAAUGAAAAGAUCAAAGCCCUUGUGAAAGAAUUGGAGCGUAGAAACAACCACAUUUCUCUGAUUCCACAUGAUCAUUCUCUCUUACCUAUUGCUCUAGAUUGCCUCAAAGAUGAGGAGGCCGAUCGGCCACUGGCUAGUAACCUCUGUGACAGGCUUGCGUCGCUCACCGAAACGAAACUGUACACUGAGAGCAAAACAACCGAAGAGAAACCACAGAGUAUCACGGAAGAAAAGUGUGUGGGUACUACUGAGUGUGAAACAGAAGAGAAGGCCAUUGGCACCGACAACUUCGAUUUACAACUACUUGAUUAUGUGCAUGUAAAGGACGAAGUAAAAGAAAAAUUGACACGCACUGAGCAGCUUCUGGUACAGAGUAAACAGGCUCUAGAAGAGAGUGAACAGAAAAUUUUAGCAAUGAAAGAUCAGCUCGAAGCAAAAGAAAAAGUGUUGGGAAAAGAAAUUGAACAAAACAACAAUCUCAUUGAAACUCAACAAAAAAUUCAAGAGACGCUCCAAGGAACUGAAAAUGAGCUCCAGAGCAUUUCAAGUGCUAAGACUGAACUUGAAGAAAAACUGAGAAACUUGAAGCAAGAAAUUGAACAGCACCAGCAAACUCUCAUUGAGCAGCAAAAGCAAAUCGAUUUACAUUAUGAGAAAAUCACUGAGCAGAAUGAACAAUUGGCUACUCACAUUGGGAAAAUCAAUGAACAAGAGCAACAUAUCAAAGAACAGAAUGUUCAAUAUACUACUCACCUUGAAAAGAUGAGUGAGAAAGAAGAGCAAAUUAAAGGGCUGCAAAUUCAACUUGAACAGCAGUCUAGUGUUAAUGACAACUUAAUAUCAGAGUUAUCCUCUAUCAAAGACUCUUUCAACAACAAAAAAAGCCGACAGCAAAACAAAGCAGCCGAAAAACAACCAAUUGAGAACUCAUCAAAAGCUUCAAAAACUGGUGCAGACAAAGAGUCGUUCUUUACAAAGAUGAAAAAAACUUUAAUUGGUGGUAACAAAGAUGAAGAAGUCAAGCUCGAGGAAUUCGAAGAGAUAACUGCGACUAAGGUCAACGACUCCACACAGCAGAAGCUCGAUGCUAGCAAGAAACAACCAGAAACUGCAGUUCCUACUAACGAAGCCACACUGCCAAAGCUCGAUAUAGACCUCCCACCAAAUUCUACUCAGGCCACCUUACCAAAUGUUGACUUUGAAGGAUUGAAGCAAACUGCCGAGAUACACCAUGAUUCUGGAAUCACUAAAGAUGUAAUGGAAAAGUGGAAUAGAGUUGAUGAUAACGAUCAAGAAACUGCACCUGAUACGUUUACAUCACGAGCCGAACAAGUUCGAACCAAAGCAGCAGUUAACAGAAUUGAAACCUCCAGUGAUAAGUCUGUAGCCACCUUGACUGAUGCUCAUCGGAUUGGUAUGUUAACAAAUCAAGCUCUUCUGCAUCAAGGUGCCUCCAUUGACAAAACUGAAAGGCUACAAGAACAGAUACAAACUGAUCUGAAAGCAAGUGUUAUUCCACUCCCACCGGUCGAAACAUUGCGUGAUACUGAUACACAGCUCAAACUACCGCCAAAGUCUCGAGGACUUUUCAGUGGAUGGUUUGGUUCAAAAAAAGAGGAAAUUAAAGAAUCUUCUGCAUCUAAGCAAUCUGUUAGCCACAGAGAUAAACUGUCUAGCAAAUCAAAAGUGGAGAUUCCACCAACCAGAUCUCAAUCAAAUCCAUUUGACGAAGAGACAAUUAGGGAAGCAAAAUCUGAAGAGAUGAAAUUUCGUGAACAAUCGGCGAUUCAACGGAUGGAGGAAUCUUCAGCAAGAUCGGUGAAUACUCUUGUUGCAACAAAUGCAAUGGGUGUUUCAACUUUAGUAGAACUCGAGCAACAAUCUGAACAACUACACCAUAUCGAACGAGAUCAUGAGCAGAUGCGGGAUGAUCUUACGAGUGGAAGAGAUAAUAUAGAAACGAUCAAAUCACCUUUUGGCUCGCGACCCAGAAAGGAACCUGGUAGGAAAUCCAGUAAGGGUCAAUCGUCCCAAACCCCACUGCCUAAAUCGAAACCACCAAGCUCUAAGGACAGGCCACAACACACCACAACACAACUUCACCAAUGCCCAAGCACAGGUAGCGCACUAGUCGAUGCUAACUUGGAUAAAAUGAGUGAAGUGCUGUCACAGAUGAUGAAUACUGGAAUUGCUCAAGGUGUUUUAUUAGAUGGACAAUCACAGCAACUUGAGCGAAUACAUGUACUGGUAGACAAGAAUCAGACAGGAUUUGCUGCUGCUAACAGGGAGUUGAAGAAACAGCUGUAAUUUGUUUCUAGCUUGCUUUUUCUUUGCAGUGGACUAGACUAUAGUGAAUUAAUAUAAUAUUGCUGUUUAUGUGUAAUCCAAGCUAUUUUAAUUAUAUGUAUAAUUUUUCGAAUCAAAUCGUUCACAAGUAACGCAUGCAAGCCAUUAAAAGAAAAUGUAUAAUAAUAUUAUGUGUACAACCUUCAA